ACAAUUGAAAAGGAGAUCUUGGAGAGGAAUGUUUUUUGCGCGUUUGGGUUUUGCGAGCAACUCUUACAGUAAAUUAGAAGAAAUGGUAAAUUUAAGUGCAUUCAACAGAACGGUGCGUUUGCAAAGAAUGUUGCUGCCUUUAAGUGCUCACAGUUCUCUACUCGCCUGCAGCGCUCAUGCUUCCCAGGUGCUUAUGCAGCGGUGCCGUGCUUAUUCAGAGUUCAGUCAGAGUAAUACCUACAGGUCGCUACUCAGUACUCCAACACACCUAUCUUACACCACGCCCACGCCGACGCAAUUUCAAACACACUUCAAAUGUGCAUAUACAACUGAUUCGGGUAGCUUAGAAACCAUAGACAAGUUUCGUGAACGCGAGGAGCAAAGAGAGCGUGAAUAUGAACAGAAAACAGCUGAUGAGCAGGCACAAGACCAGGAUGCAGCUAAACGUGCAAAAAUCGAUGCAAUACGCACACAAAUUCUAGAAGCAGCAUUGUCGCAUGUGCCCACAGAAGGUUGGACGCGUAUUGCCAUUGCGAAGGGCGCCGAAGAUGUUGGUUUCCCCAGCGUUGUGCAUGGCAUGUUCCCCGAUGGUGGUUAUGCGCUCGUAUCCUAUUUCUAUGGCAAGUGCAACGAUGAUGUGGUACGGCUUUUGCAGGAGGAAACACAGGAUGGCAGUUUGACUGUUGACGACCCAUUGAAGUUUUUAGUACGUGCUGUGCGCAUUCGCCUUGAAAUGAUAAUUCCAUACAAGGUGCAAUGGUCACAGGCUUUAGCGUUGAUAGCGAUGCCACAAAAUGCUCCCACAUCGUUAGCUCAGGUUUUGACGCUGGUCGAUGAUAUAUGCUACUAUGCUGGCGAUCGGUCCGUAGAUUUUGGCUGGUACACACGUCGCAUUGGUCUGGCGACAAUUAUGAAAAUGACGGAGCUAUUUAUGCUGCAGGACAGCUCGGCGGGUCAUGCUAAAACUUGGGAGUUCUUAAAGAAUCGCAUGGACGAAGCAGUACAAGUACAAUUAAUGCUUUCACAAACAGAGGGAAUGACGCACAAUUUUACACGUUCUUUCAAUUCAGCUUUUAUAACAGCACGAAAUAUAUUGGGCAUCGACUACACGCGCAGGUAAAGAAUGGGCGCGAUCAUUCAAAUACAACUGUCAGGCCGACGAAAAUUCAGAAAUUCAAUAGAGGCAAAGUGAAUAGAAAUAGCCAUAUAAUUUAUUUGUUAAAGAAAUUGUUUAUUAAUUUUUUUUAAUUUUGGUUAACAUCAAAGUCAUAAAACCAGUGAUAAACUGUUUUGUUCAUUAAUGCGAAACGAAUUUUCUUUAAUUACUUAGCGUUUAAGUAAACAAUUUAGUAGUCACAUAAUUAACUUAUACUUGUACGUAUUGAGCUACAACCAAAUUAUUUAGAUAUAUUGCAAUUUUUAAUAAUUUAUAUUACUUGUAUGUAUGAUUGUUUUGAUGACUUGGAAAUGAUUUCGCACACCCUGUGUCGUGCGUUUGCUGUAUAACAUGUAUAGUUGUUAUUGUACCAUAAAUAUUUGCACUUGCACCGACCACGCCAAAACAAAGUGAACAUUUACCCACCUAAAAUGUGUAAAUUAAAUGCACUUGAAGUUAAGCAGUUUAAAAUGCUUAAUAUUUACGUACUAAUUUGAGAUUCGUAACUGCUGAACCACUACCUGCAUAUACGAGUAUUACAUGUACAUAUAAGGAGAAAGAUGAUAAAUGCAACUGACGGACUACAAGUGAACUAAAGUGCUUGAAGUGGAAUUAUGAUGUACAUAUGUAUGGCUAGAGUGUGUUGUUGUCGAAAUACUUAUUUCAAUGUAAUUAUUCGUAUUGAUACCGAAUGGUAUUCUAUAAACAAUAAAAGUAAAGCUACAAGAAAGGA